AUGGCGACCGACGCCGCGGCGCGCUGGGAGCGCGUCGCCGCGCUCGCUCGGGCGCCGGGGACGUGCGAUUUAGGACAAGGAUGGCCGGACGUCGGUGAGAGCGCGAUCGCGAUCGACGCGGCGCGGCGGGCGAUGACGGAUGGGACGACGCGCGGGAAUCAGUACGCGCCGCCGCGCGGACGGAGCGAGCUGACGGAGGCGUUGGUGGAGUAUUACGCGCGCACGGGGUACGAUGUGCGGAACGGGAGUGGUGAUGACGGGACGUCGAGCGUCGUGGUCACGGCGAGCGCGACGGAGGCGCUGUAUGGGGCGUUUCAGGGGGCGCUGCGGGCGUCGGCGGAGCGAGACGAAAUCGUCUUCGUCGAACCGUUUUUUCCGUGGUACAAAGCCAUCGCGGAUGAUUUAGGGGGGAAGUCCGUGGUGGUUCGGGCGAGGGCGAGCGAUGGGUUCGCGAUUGACGUCGAGGCCGUGCGCGCGGCGUGCGAGGGUGGGAAGACGGCGCUUUUGGUGAUGUGCUCGCCGCACAAUCCAACCGGACACUGCGCGACGAGAGACGAGCUCGAGGGAAUCGCGACGGUGGCGCGAGAGCUCGAUUUAACCGUCCUGAGCGACGAAGUGUACGAGCGAGCGGUGUUCGAGGGUGGGGAACACGUGCGAUUGGCUACGAUUGGAGACAUGCGCGAACGCUGCGUCACCCUCGGUUCGGCGAGCAAGCUCCUCAAUCUCACCGGAUGGCGCGUCGGCUGGGCGAUCGGCCCACCGAGAUUGAUCGACCAGAUCAACUCGGCGCAUAGUCUCAUGUCAUACGCGGCGCCGACGCCGUUUCAAAUCGGCGUCGCCGCCGCGUUGAACGAGAUAUCGGCGUCGGCCACCGGACGCGUCACCGCCGACGCGAACGCCGAAGCCAUGCACUCAAACGCGCGAACGCUCGGACGUGCGCUCGAAGACGCCGGUCUCCAGGUUUUCUACCCCAAAGGUGGCUACUUCUUAACCUGCGACGUCUCCUCCACCGGUCUGACGGACGCGCGGUUCUGCGAGCGUCUCGCCGAAAAGGCCCGCGUCGCCUGCGUCCCGAUGUCCGUCUUCUUCCUCGACGCCCCCGACGUCCCGCGCUCGCUCGUGCGCUUCGCCGUGUGCAAGAAGCCAUCCACCGUGGACGAAUCCUCUCGCCGCAUCCGCGCCAACGCCCCGUACCCGUAG